UAUAGGUUUGGAACGACAUAAGGGAAAGUAAAUUAAAUCACAAUUUUCAUUUUAGGAUAGACUAACAUUUUAACCCCAGCAACAAUGGAUUUACCCAGAAACCGCUGUCAGCGCAGCAGCAGUAUGAAUGAAGGUCCCAAUAUACGAAAGCCGAAGCUGCCACCACGCAGACCAUCUCUGCUUCAAAGAGGUUCUCCAAAACGAUUCCGUCUACACACAGAGAGGAAAGUUCUUGAUGAAAAUGGAAAAGUCAGAAAAUGGACUUAUAGGAAAAUAGAUGCCAGCAAACCAAACAAAAUCAUUCUGCUGGUGGGAGAGACUGGCGUUGGUAAGACCACCAUCAUCAACACAAUGGUCAACUACUUACUGAAUGUGACGUUUGAGAACGAAAUAUGGAAUGAAAUCACAGAAGAAGAAACCAGAGAUCAAUCAGAAUCACAAACCUCUGAAAUCACCAUGUAUGAGAUCUUUCCUGUGAAGAAUCCCAUGUCUCUCACCAUCAUUGAUACUCCAGGCUACGGAGACACUCGAGGACUGGACAAAGAUCUGGAAGUUGCUGAGAAUUUAGCCACUCUGUUUCAGAGCAAUGAUGGAGUUCGUGAAGUCGACGCCGUCUGCUUCGUGACUCAAGCGUCUAAGAAUCGUCUCUCAGACAGACAGCAUUACAUUAUCAGUUCAAUUCUGUCUUUGUUUGGAAAAGACAUUGUGAACAACAUUGUGUUUUUUAUCACACACUCUGAUGGUCUGCCACCCAAAAACGUCAUCAGCGCCAUUAAAAAAGCUAAAAUCCCCUGCAGACGAGACAAAAAUGGCGAACCUGUUUAUUUCUUAUUCAACAACCGGCAAGCUGAAGAACGUCACACUAAAGAACGUCACAUUCGUGCUCAAAAAGACGCCUGGGAAGACAGUGUAGACGGCAUGAAGUAUUUCCUUCAAUCUCUGAAUGAAAUGAGCAGAAGAAGUUUAGAGCUGACUUCAGAUGUCCUGAUUGAGCGCAUUCGAUUUGAAGCAUCCAUCUGCAACUUACAGCUGCGAGUUCAAGAGAAAGAGAUGAAAAAGGCUGAAAAACUUCAGAUUCAGGAAGCAAUGAUGCAAAACAAGAAAAAGGUUGAGGAAAGUAUAAACUUUACUAUUAAAGUAAAAAAGACAGACAAAAUUAAGGUUCCCAUUGAGAGCAAGUCAUGGAAGCACAGGAAGGCGACGACCUGCACCGUCUGUGAGGAAAACUGCCAUGAGUUUGACUGCUGGUGGGGUUCAAAUCCUAGCAAAUGUGAAGUCAUGAAAAAAGGCUUCUGCACUGUGUGCACAGGGAAGUGUCAUCACAGCAAACACGUCAAAGAAAACAAGAAAUACGCCAUCAGAAACUCCAGCAUGCAGUUGGAAUUUGAUUCCAUAAAAAAGGAAUAUGAAAAAGCCCAAGAACAAACCAAAACAUUUUUAAUUUUAAUGCAACAUCUUGAGAAAGAUCUCAAAGAGAUUGAGGACCAUAAGUCAAAUCUUCUGUCUGAAGCUUACCAGACCAUCAAGCAUCUGUCUCAGAUCGCAUUAAAACCAGACUCUGCCUUCACUCUUCAGCAUCUGGACUUCUUCAUCCCCAGAGUGAGGGAGACUGGGAAAGAAAACUGGGUCCGAGAGCUGGAGGAGAUGAGGAGGAAAGCUGUAGCUGAUGAAGCCAAUAAAGAUGCUCUGAGUUAUCUUAAAGCUGGCCUGACAAAACUUUUCGUGACUGGGAAAUGAUUGAAUCCAGACCUUCUAUAAACCAGAAGAUGCCUGAUGAUUUCAAUCCCUGGGUUAUACCAAAAAAAUAAAAAAUAAAAUUCAGCUAUUUUCCUUUUUGUAAUAUGAAGGUUACAUAAAAAAUGUAUACUUUUCUUAAAAUAUGAAAUUGCACCAUCAGAUUCUGAA